AUGCGGAAGAAGCGAUGCCUGAUCGCCCCGGAUGCGGUGAACGUGCAACUCCACGGCUUUUCGGACGCCUCGAAGCGAGCAUACGGUGGUGUGCUGUACAUCCGGAGCGUCAACAAGCGCGGCGAGAUCAGCGUGUGCCGAGCUGCCAGCAAAUCACGAGUGGCUCCACUCAAGGAGCAAACAAUCCCCCGGCUGGAAGCGUGCGGCGCAAAACUGUUGGCGGAGUUGACACAAAAGGUCAUGGCCGCCCUGGAAGUUCCAUUCGACGACGUGGUGCUUCACUGCGACUCUAAGAUCGUUCUGUGCUGGCUCAAGAAACCUCCAUCGGCACUGAAGCAGUUUGUGUCGAACCGUGUAGCCGCAAUACAGAAGUUGACUCGAGAGUUCACGUGGCGUUUCAUCCGAUCGGAACACAAUCCAGCCGAUGUGCUCUCCCGGGGAGCGCUGCCGGAAGACCUGCUGGAGCACGAGCUUUGGGAGGACGGCGCACCUGAGUUGUGGGAACACCAGCUACCCGAGGAUCUGUCCGAGCCGUUCGACGAGUCCCAACUACCAGAACUCAAGCCUGCGAUUGUCCUGACGAUCGUCAACCCGAAACCAGCGAUCGACUUUACGAGAUGCAGCAACUACCGACGACUGCAGCGGUCGUGGGUGUACGUCGAGCGCUACAUCAACCUGGCGGUGCACAAGCGGCCCGAAACAUCUGGCAUCUCGGCGGACGAGGUGGCCCGAGCAGAGAAAACCAUCCUUGCGGUGGUCCAAAAGCAAGCAUUCGGUGCCCUGUUGAAGCUGCUGCGGUCGAACUCCAACAAGCAACACUCGUGGUCCAAUCUGGCGCCGUUCCUUGAGAGGACGGUCUCAUCCGAGUCGGUGGCCAUCCUGGUUCGCAAGCUGCACGAAGAGAACUUCCACGUUGGCCAAAACGGACUGUUGGCCAUCGUUCGCGAACGCUACUGGCCCUUGCGAGCAGGUCUGCUGAUCAAACAAGUCGUUACGAAGUGCCAAAUCUGUCGCAGACAGAACCCAAAGCCUGGUAGUCAGUUUAUGGGCAACCUACCAGGAUACCGGAUCAACCCCGCGCCACCUUUCUCCAAGGUGGGCAUCGACUACGCUGGUCCGUUCAUGCUGAAGACCGGAGGACGAGGAUCAAGGCUGCAGAAGGCGUACGUGGUCGUCUUCGUAUGCAUGGUGCCGACGUGGGCUCCCAGCGACAUCCAUUCGGACAACGCCAAUUGCUUCGCCGGUGGCAACAACGAGCUUGCAGCCCUUCGAGAACUGUUCAACAGUCAACUGCACAAGAACAAGCUGGAGGAAUUUUGCAGUCUCAAGGGCAUCCGCUGGCACUUCAUUCCACCGAGAAGCCCCCACUUCGGAGGGAUUUGGGAGGCAGGAGUGAAGUCCAUGAAACACCACAUGAAGCGGGUCGUCGGCGAGACCAAGCUCAUGUACGAGGAGAUGACGACGUUCCUGGCACAGACGGAGGCCAUCCUCAACUCCCGGCCCCUGUGCCCGAUGUCUGAAGACCCGAACGAUUUGACGGUGCUGACGCCGUCGCACUUCCUGAUCAGCCGGUCUGGAGUGGCUCUACCGGAACCGUCGUACGCGGAUGAGAAAGUCGGACGUCUUAGCAGAUGGCAACACAUCCAGUACAUGCAGCAACAUUUUUGGAAAAGAUGGUCUGGCGAGUACCUCCAUCAGCUGCAAGGACGACCGAAGUGGAACGCUGAAGUGAAGGAGUUCAAGGUUGGUGAGCUGGUCCUGCUGAUCGACGAGAACUUGCCUCCGCAGCAGUGGCGGCGCGGACGGAUCGUCGCUACACACCCCGGAGAAGACGGCGCUGUCAGAGUGGUGACAGUGAAAACUGCAGCGAGCGAGUUCAAGCGAGCAAUCACCAAGGUUGCUUUGAUGCCUUCGGUUGAGCCUGACGCCUCAACGGGGGGAGAAUGUUUGGGCACACUGCCCAAGGAAAAGUAG